UCACCCAGGAGUUGGUUGUGUGUGAGGAUGUUGGCUGAGCAAAAAAAUCAGGCUUUGACCUGAGAGAGAACAAUAUUUCAAGCAACAUGCUGCUUCCUCUCUCUUGUUACACGUAAGAACAUGAGAUGUUUCAGAUGUUUUGAUCCUGGUAGCUGUAGUUUGGGGGAAGGGAUUUGUCCUGUGUGGACCAGUCCCUCUGCUCCCCCAGGGAAGCUGGUUUUCUUCCUGCUCUAGCUGCAUGUGGGAGAUUUUAUAUGAAAUGACAACAGGAGCAAAAGGCAACUGCUUUAUUUGUAAUGAAGAGAGAGGGAAGACACCAGCCCUCCUCUAAUGCCUCCUUUUGCACAGAGCUUGGUCUCUCUUCUCCCAGACCACUGCAUGUCUCUGACACCAGGUGUUCCCCUCCACAUGUAUUAUGUUUGCAUUUAAUACUGCUGCAAAGCACCAAUCUGGCUGCCCCGGGCUGCAGUCUUCCUGUGUGGGUGAAGGACACUGGAAGCAGCAGCUUCUUCUGGGUUUGAACUGAACCAAACAACAGUUUUGACCUUCCUCCAAACCACAGGACAGUGGACAAAUUUCAAGCCUACUAUAGUAUACUCUGAACACCUGAGAUGCUGUCUGGGAUGUAAUUGGCUCUCACCCAUCACCUGCACCCCUCCCUCCUCAUCCCAAACUACCACCCCCACUUACGUUCUCACGCCUUGGGUAUACCCAGCAGGUGUUUCUUCAUUUUUUGCAGCUGAUCAUCCUUUUCUGCUUUCUUUAAAGGGCCGCAGUGGGGUAGCAGUAGCCUGAUCACCCUGAGAAGGUGGGGCUGUCUGUGGGCUCAAUGAGUUGCUGUGGGAGAUCAAGCUAUUCCCUUCUGAGUUUUAGGAAAGAGCUGGUGGCAGGGUGGGCUGGUGCAAGGAUGGGAAGUGUGGAGAAUGAGGCGUCUCUGUGCUCGCUGGCUGUGGACUGCUUCCCCUGCUUCAGGACACAGCCUCUGCUGGGAGAUGUGCUCCCAGAACUCAUCAAGCAGGGCCGUGAGAGGAUAGGACAGACCAUCAAAGCCUCUGGCUCCAGGCUCUGCUCGUAUGCUGAACGAGUUGUUUUUUUAAUGGAUCAUUCCCGGAGCCCGGACAAAAGCACUCAGCCUCCAACACCAACUGACAACAUCAACCUUGGACCUUCUGCUAACCCCAAUGCCAAGCCAACAGACUUUGACUUCCUGAAGGUUAUUGGAAAAGGAAGCUUUGGAAAAGUUCUCCUGGCCAAGCGCAAGUGUGAUGGGACUUUUUAUGCUGUGAAAGUCUUGCAUAAGAAAACCAUCCUAAAGAAAAAAGAGCAAAACCACAUCAUGGCAGAGCGCAACGUGCUCCUGAAAAACGUCAAGCACCCCUUCCUUGUGGGACUCCAUUACUCCUUCCAGACUUCGGAAAAGCUUUAUUUUGUGCUUGAUUAUGUAAACGGGGGAGAGCUCUUCUUCCACUUGCAAAGGGAGCGGUGUUUCCGUGAGCCCCGGGCUCGAUUCUAUGCUGCAGAAGUCGCUAGUGCAAUUGGGUACCUGCAUUCCCUAAACAUCAUUUACAGGGACUUAAAACCUGAGAACAUUCUUCUGGAUUGCCAGGGACACGUAGUAUUGACAGACUUUGGACUGUGCAAAGAAGGAAUGGAGCAAGAGGAGACAACAUCUACUUUUUGUGGCACUCCUGAGUACUUGGCUCCUGAGGUGCUAAAGAAGCAGCCGUAUGACAGGACAGUGGACUGGUGGUGCCUAGGGGCUGUCCUCUAUGAAAUGUUGUUUGGACUGCCUCCUUUUUACAGCCGGGAUGUGUCUCAAAUGUAUGACAACAUUCUGCACAAGCCACUCCACAUCCAAGGAAGCAAGACUGUGGCAGCUUGUGACAUCCUUCAGGGACUUCUCCACAAGGACCAGAAGAGGAGGCUGGGUGCCAAGACAGACUUUCUUGAGAUAAAGAACCACGUAUUCUUCAGCCCAAUAAACUGGGAUGACUUGUACCACAAGAGGAUCACUCCUCCAUUUAACCCCAAUGUGGCUGGUCCAGCUGAUCUGCGCCACUUUGACCCAGAGUUCACCCAAGAAGCGAUCUCCACCUCCAUCACCCACACGCCUGAUCUAGCAGCCAGCAGCUCCAGUGCCUCAGAUGCAUUUUUAGGGUUUUCUUAUGCACCAACUGAAGAGGACAUCUAGGUUUUAUACAGGCUCUGAGAAGCCAGAUUUUAACUGAAUGGGUUUUAUGUUUGAGUUUUUUCAAUUUUUUUUUUUUUUUUUCUGAAAAGAUCGGUACUUGUCCUUUGCUUGUGGUUUAAGGAAACUGGGACUAAUACACUAACUGGCUGGGAUGGAACUCUUAACUCUUGCUGUUUGGUGGAUUUCUCUCUAAGUGACUGUUCCCCUGGCAAGAGAAGUGAGACACUGAUUAUUAUUUUCCCCUGAGUGUACUGUGUUACUUGGCAGAAUUGUAUUCACUCUGUGGUUGUAUUUAUGGUUGAGGUAUGUACCACCGUUCACAUCAACAGCCAUGUCCUCUAACUGGACACUUUCUUGUUUUGUUUUGGAGGAGCUAACUCUGCCCAACUGCUUUGCCCCCCUAGUAGAGAGUGAAACACCACACUACCAGGAGCAGUGGCUUCAUUGCUUUAAGUGGACUGUGCCACUCGAACUGGGCUGAGAAAUGGUUUAUCAGUUAUUGUUCCAAAUGUGGCUGCAGGUCUGUAAAUCCUGACCAGUCCUGUGGCCUUUCACACCAGCCAGUCCCUCCCUAAGGUGAGUGGAUCAUCUCUCUCUGGUCCAGGGCUGGGCUGCUGGAGGAACAAGGAGGCUGUUCUGGAGGAGAUGGUGUGUGUGUGUGGAAAAAUACCAGAUAAAAGACAUGGGAAGAGGUGGGAUUGCUUAGCAAAACAAAAAUAACCUUGUGGUCUAACCCUCCUUGGGGUGGGGGCUCCUUUCACAGCACACACUUGACUUGCCUGAGGCACAGAAACACUGCACCAAGCAUGAUCCAGAGCAGCGAGGGCAGCCCCAUCACUGAUGUACAAGUUAUUUAUUCUGCUUUAACUCAAACACUGGUGUAUUCAUUGAAUGUCACUUCCUGCUGUUAUUUUUAAGUCAUUUUGUUGUUCUCUUGUUGUGGGGAGGAGAAACGGGGCUCAGAGCUUGUAACAGCAACAUGGGGAUAAACAAAGAGGUUUCUAAAAGUUGUGUGAUGCUCACCCUGGUGGGAAGCUUCUGCUGGAACUUUUUUUUUCCUUAAUUACCGGACUUUAUGUUAUACCUGCUGAAAGCAUCAGCAACAUGAUAUGGUUUAUAUUAAAAUGCAUAUACUGCUGUGCC